GUCAGAUAAGAGUCCCAGAGCUCACAUAAGAGACUAAAUGUGUGCACGUGCGUCAGAAAGAUAACGCGUGUGAGGGAUAGAAGGUGUAUGCGCAUAUACUGUGUGCGCGCACGCGCGUGUGUGUGUGUGUGUGUUCUAAUCCCACUCCGCCGUGGUCAGGUGAUCAGUUGCUGAGCAGCUGUGCAGCCUCGGUGUCGCUCACAAUCACACAACGGGAGUCACCGGCGCCGAACGCACACGCUUCUCACCCGACGCUUAACGUUUUGAGACCGUCCGGAGAAACGCUGCCUUCAGGAGCGUCGUGACAGCGAACCGACAUGGGGGACCGAGUAGCUUUACUGCUGCUGGCUGUGGCGGCUUCGGCUCUGGCUGCAGAGGUGCCUACAGAUAUUUCUAUGGGUCUGUUGGCAGAGCCCCAGGUGGCCAUGUUUUGCGGCAAACUCAACAUGCACAUCAACGUGCAAAGCGGCAAGUGGGAGCCGGACCCCUCGGGCACCAAGAGCUGCAUCGGCACCAAGGAGGGCAUCCUGCAGUACUGCCAGGAGGUGUACCCAGAGCUCCAGAUUACCAAUGUGGUGGAGGCCAACCAGCCAAUCAGCAUCCAGAACUGGUGCAAGAAGGGACGCAAGCAGUGUCGCAGUCACAUCCACAUCGUGGUGCCCUACCGCUGCCUGGUGGGAGAGUUUGUGAGCGACGCCCUGCUCGUUCCUGACAAGUGCAAGUUCUUGCACCAGGAGCGCAUGGACCAGUGUGAGAGCCACCUGCACUGGCACACCGUGGCCAAGGAGUCUUGCGGAGACAGGACCAUGAAUCUCCACGACUAUGGGAUGCUUUUGCCGUGCGGCAUCGACCGUUUCCGAGGAGUGGAGUUUGUGUGCUGUCCCGCUGAGGCCGAGCGCGACGCCGACAGCGCCGAGCAGGACGCUGAUGAUUCCGAUGUCUGGUGGGGUGGAGCGGAGACUGAUUACUCCGACAACAGUAUGCUGCGGGAGCCAGAGCCAGCGGAGCAGCAAGAGGAAGCCAGACCAUCUGUGGUAGAGGAGGACGUGGAAGAGGAGGAAGAGGAGGAGGAUGUGGCUGAGGAAAAUGACGAUGAAGAGGAGGAGGAAGAGGACGUGCUGGACAACGACCAGGAUGGAGACGGAGAGGAGGAUGAGGUGGAGGAAGAGGAGGAGGAGGAGGGAGACGACGACGAUAUCGUCGACACGCUCGACGAUGGCGAUGACGCCGACGAGCCCACCACCAAUGUUGCCAUGACAACCACCACCACUACCACCACCACCGAGUCUGUGGAAGAGGUCGUCAGGGAUGUGUGCUGGGCCAAUGCAGAGACCGGUCCGUGCCGGGCCAUGCUGUCCCGCUGGUACUUUGACCACGAGGAGGGCCGCUGUGCUCAGUUUAUCUACGGCGGCUGCGGAGGCAACAGGAAUAACUUUGACUCAGAGGAGUACUGCCUGUCUGUCUGCAGCAGUGUCAUACCCACAGCCACGCCCAGCUCCCCCGACGCCGUGGACCACUACCUGGAGACGCCUGCUGAUGAAAACGAACACGCCCACUUCCAGAAGGCCAAAGAGAGCCUGGAGGCCAAGCACCGCGAGAGGAUGUCCCAGGUGAUGAGAGAGUGGGAGGAGGCCGAGAGGGAAGCUAAGAAUCUUCCCCGUGCAGACAAGAAGGCCGUCAUCCAGCGUUUCCAGGAGAAGGUGGAGGCGCUGGAGCAGGAGGCGGCCAGCGAGCGGCAGCAGCUGGUGGAGACCCACAUGGCCCGGGUGGAGGCUCUGCUGAAUGACCGCCGCCGCCUGGCUCUGGAGAGCUACCUGACGGCGCUGCAGCAGGACCCACCCAGGCCUCGCCACGUCUUCAGCCUGUUGAAGAAGUAUGUGCGUGCGGAGCAGAAGGACAGGCAGCACACCCUCAAACACUUUGAACACGUCCGCAUGGUGGAUCCCAAGAAGGCCGCGCAGAUCAGACCUCAGGUGCUGACCCACCUGCGUGUCAUUGAGGAGCGUAUGAACCAGUCUCUGGGACUUCUCUACAAGGUGCCCGGUGUGGCCGACGACAUCCAGGACCAAGUUGAGCUUCUGCAGAAGGAGCAGAUGGAGAUGGCCCAGCAGCUGGCCAACCUGCAGACGGACGUGAGGGUGAGCUACGGCAACGACGCCCUGAUGCCCGACCAGGAGAUGGGGGACGGCCAGACCGACCUGCUGACCCAGGAGGGCACACUUAGCCUGGGGGGAGUCGGCUUCGUCCACCCUGAGAGCUUCAACCAGCCCAACACUGAGAACCAGGUUGAGCCAGUUGAGUCUCGCCCCAGUCUUGACAGAGGCAUUCCCACACGGCCAGUGACUGGAAUGAAGAUGGAAGCUGUUCCUGAGCUGCGGAUGGAGACCGAGGACAGGCAGAGCACCGAAUACGAAGUUCACCACCAGAAACUGGUCUUCUUCGCCGAGGACGUGGGCUCCAACAAGGGCGCCAUCAUCGGCCUGAUGGUUGGAGGCGUCGUCAUAGCAACCGUGAUCGUCAUCACCUUGGUGAUGCUGAGGAAGAAGCAGUACACCUCCAUCCACCACGGAGUCAUUGAGGUGGACGCUGCCGUCACACCCGAGGAGCGCCACCUGUCUAAGAUGCAGCAGAACGGCUACGAGAACCCGACCUACAAGUUCUUCGAGCAGAUGCAGAACUGAGGAGACUGUCACAUGUACACAGACAUCUCCUCCCACACAUCAACCCCCCCCCUUUCCUUCCCAACCCCCCCCCACCCCCACCCCCUCCUCGAAUAGCCCCAUGUCUCCACAAGGCAGUGUGUCUUAGAUCAUUGAGUGACUGAAACAGUCAGUUACGACCAUGCUGGAGCGACUGUAGCCAGGGUUUUCUUUCAUUUCUGCCUGGGCGGACACUGUGGCCGAGCCAGUUUGCACCAUGUCUGUUCACUUUAUCGGAGCGAGACGCCUUUUAAUUAAAGAAAGGCGUUUUUACUCGCUGCUCCGUCUGGGCCUGCUGACGUACGGAA